GUGUAAUUAGGCUUGGAUCUCGGCGACGGCUGCAACGAUGUUCAAGCACUCCCACUUCAUGGGCCACUCGAGCAACGUCAACUGCUUCCGCUUCGGGCGCAAGUCCGGCCAAGUGGCGGUCAGUGGCGGCGACGACACCAACGUCAACGUCUGGCGCAUCCGCGAGAGCGAGACCAAGAACAUCAUGAGCCUCGCCGGCCAUUCGAGCCCUGUCGAGUGCGUGACCUUUGAUCCGGCCGAGAAGCGCGUCGUCGCCGGGUCGACGUCGGGCGCCAUCAAGGCCUACGACAUGGAGUCGGCCAAGGUGUUUCGGUCGCUCAAGGGCCACAUGUCGUCGUGCACGAGCAUCGACUACCAUCUUUACGGCGAUUACGUCGCGUCCGGCGCGCUCGACACCAACGUCAAGAUCUGGGAUCUCAAGACGAAGAACUGUGUACAGACGUUCAAGGGCCAUGCGAGCGACAUCACAUGUGUGAGCUUCACGCCCGACGGCCGCUGGCUCACGUCUGGCAGUGCCGACGGGACCCUCAAGAUCUGGGACCUCACAGCUGGGAAGCUUCUGCGCGAGUUCACUGACCACGGUGGCGCCAUCACGUGCCUUGAGUUCAACCCGGAGGAGUACAUUCUCGUGUCGGCGUCGCAGGACAGGACCAUGCGGUUCUGGGACCUCCAGUCCUUCGAGCUUCUCGGGGUCACGCCGACCGACACGACGCCGGUGGCGGCGAUCGCGCACACGAUCAGCGAGCCAUACAGCGGCAAGUACGCGCUCUGUGUGUCCCAGGAUAUGGUCAAGGUCUGGUCGUACGACUCAUCAGUCUCCUGCCACGACACGCUGCUCUGGAACAACGCUCGCCAAGGGGUGACCGAGACCCUUGGGGACACACUCGUGACCGACAACCUCCAGCUCUUUGGCGGCUCGUUCGCGAACGCCUUCAUCUCUGUCUGGCGCGUCGAUCUGACGACGCUCCAGCCAUUUGCUCCACCUAAAAAGACGCCGCGUCCGAUCACGCCUGCCGCCGUAUCUCGCCCCAUUACACCCAAAGUCCUCCAGCCGCCACGAUCCGCGCCGUCGCAACAACCAGCUUUGCAGCAACCCCCGGCAACACCUCCGCAGCCGGCUCAACCCCCCCGUAGUGUCGUGCAUCAGCAACGCCACCCUCCGACGCCCGAGCAGUCACCCCCGGCGUCGCCGCCGCCGAGAGAAAGCGCCUCGACCGAGAUGGGCAUGGACACGAUCAAGCGAUUCGCUGCCGCCGAGCCGCCCGAAGCCUUUAGCUCCGACUACGUCAACGAGCUCAAGGUCGGGAUGGAGCUCUCAAUUCGAACGUUCAAGAGCCGGCAAAAGGCCCUCGAGCAGUUUAUGAGCUACUACUGGGACAAGGGCGACAUCCACGGUGGCUUUCGCUUCAUCAGCCAGCUCCCGACGGGGACACGCGAGGCCUUGGCGGUUGACAUUCUCGGCAACGUCGAGCUCGCGACCAUCGGACUCGACCUCGAGGCGUGCGUGCUGCUGCUUCCGCUUGCAAUCGAGCUCGUGGGAUCGUUCCCUCCGUACGCUACGGUCGGUGUCGCCGUCGCCAAGGUUCUCGUCUCAGCCUUUGGGCCUCUCGUCAAGGACAACAAGGAAGCGCGCCGGAGCAACCGAGAAGUCAACUUUGCCGGUGAAGAACGGGCCGCGCGCUGCGACGCCUGCCACGGCUUCUUCGUCGAGCUCCAGAACAAGCUGCCAAGCGUCGCGACGACGGACCCGCGGGCCCUUGCAGAGCUCAAGAGCAUUUUAGGGGAGUACGGAUGGGGACGGUAG